AUUAUCUAUUAGAAAAAAAAAUUAUAAAAUUUAAAUAAUUAUAAAUAAAUAAAAGUUAGAUUACCAGCUGGGGAAGUAAUAAAAUAAAAUAAUUAAGCAUUAAAAUAUAUAAAUAAUGUCAAUAAAAUCUUGACAAAAAGUUAAAAAAAAAAUAGACAAUAAUAUAAAUAAAUAUAAACAUAAAUAUAUUUAUAAUAAAAUGGCAUCAGCAAUAUGGUUUGGAUUGUUGGUGAUAAUAAUAAAUAUUAUUUUGUUAAUUGAAUAUGUUAAAACAGAUGACUUUGAAUUUAUGAAAGCUGAUGAACGUGAAUCGUUAAAAGAAGAAGCACGUGACAUGUUUUACCAUGCAUACAAUGCCUACAUGUCAAAUGCAUAUCCAGCUGAUGAACUAAUGCCUUUAAGUUGUAAGGGACGUUAUCGUGGUACUGAAUCUGAUCGUGGUGACAUUGAUUCAACGUUAGGUAAUUUUUCUCUUACACUUGUUGACACUUUGGACACUUUGGUAGUUUUGGGUGACUUGGAAGAAUUUGAAAAUGCUGUUAAAUUAGUAGUACGUGAUGUUAAAUUUGAUACUGAUGUGAUAGUCUCGUUGUUUGAGACAAAUAUACGCGUACUUGGUGGUUUACUCAGUGGUCAUAUUUUAUCUGAGUACUUACAAGUACGUGCUGAUAUUAUGCCAUGGUAUCGUGGAGAAUUAUUGAACAUGGCCAAAGAUCUGGGGUAUCGUUUUCUACCUGCAUUUAAUACGACGACUGGUAUUCCGUAUGGAAGAAUAAAUUUACGAAGUGGAAUGAAGAAUGUACCGGCUGAAAUGUGCCGGGAAACUUGCACUGCUUGUGCUGGUAGCAUGAUACUGGAGAUGGCUGCGUUGUCCAGGUUGACAGGUGAGGGAAUUUUUGAAGAGAAGGCGCAAAAAGCCAUGGACGCGUUGUGGAAAAUGCGGCACAGAGGAACCGAUUUGAUGGGAUCUGUUCUAAACGUACACUCGGGAGAUUGGGUCAGAAGAGAUUCGGGUGUUGGUGCUGGAAUUGAUUCUUACUAUGAAUAUUGUUUGAAAGCAUAUAUUUUAUUAGGUGAUGAAAAAUAUCUAGGAAGAUUUAAUAGGCAUUAUUCAGCAGUUAUGAAGUACGUAAGUCAGGGUCCAAUGUUAUUAGACGUACACAUGCAUCGUCCAAAUACAAAUUCGAAAAAUUUUAUGGAUGCAUUAUUGGCAUUUUGGCCUGGUCUACAGGUAUUAAAAGGUGACAUUAAACCAGCAGUAGAAACACAUGAAAUGCUGUACCAAGUAUUACAACGUCACAACUUUAUUCCUGAAGCAUUUACAACAGACUUUCAAGUACACUGGGGACAUCAUCCAUUGCGUCCUGAAUUUUUAGAAUCAACUUACUACCUCUAUCGUGCCACCGGUGAUCAUUAUUAUCUAGGAGUAGGUCGUAAAGUAUUAAAGAGUCUUCAAACUUACGCACGUGUACCAUGUGGUUAUGCUGCAGUAUCAGACGUCCGUACAAACAAACAUGAUGACACUAUGGAGAGUUUUGUAUUGUCUGAAACAUUUAAAUAUUUAUAUUUAUUAUUUGCUGAAUCAAGUGAUUUAGUACUUGAUAUAGAUGAAUUUAUUUUUACAACUGAAGGCCAUUUGCUGCCAUUAACUUUAGCAUCGUUACGAGCUAAUGUAUCUUCUGAUGUAGAUAUCGAUACAGUUGAACUUGAUGAAUUAGAUCGUACAUGUCCAAAUAGUUUGCAUUUAUUUCCUGCAUCUGUACGAAAGCCUUUACGAAAUAUGGUUGAAGAUGUUUGCCCAAGAAGAUCAAUGAGACGACGUAUAAGUGCCGCACAAUUUCAGGCAAAUAAUUUGGAUCAUUUAAAAAUAUUGAGUAGUAUGGGUAUCACUGUACUGACGAUGGCUGACGGGCGUAUGCAGUUAUUACAUACAUUUUCAAAUGCUAAAUCAAUGGAAGACGCUGAAGAAGGUUUGAUAUUUAUGCAAGAGAUGGUCGAAUUGAAUCGCAAACAAACUCAAGAAUCAGACAAACAAAGACUGGCAUUAAUGAUAAGACGUACAGAUAUUGAUAAGGAAUCAAUAUUAUUAGGCGGACCUGCACAAUUUGGAUUACAGUUAACGGGUUCAGUUAAAGUUACUGGCAAACCUGUUUUAACAGAACCUAAAGAAGCGUGUAGUGAGUUAACAAAUGUUGAUAUGAUUAAAGGAAAUAUCGCUGUUAUAUUUCGUGGCAACUGUAUGUUUAUUGAAAAGGCAAGAAUGAUCGAAAAAGCUGGUGCUAUUGGCGGUAUUGUAUUGGAUACCGUAAUUGGAUCGACAAUAGCAACAUCUGCAAUGUUUGCAAUGUCAGGCGACGGUAUUAGCAAAGAUGAUAUUAAAAUUCCAUUAUCAUUUUUAUUUAAUGUUGAAGCUAAUGAACUUGUACGCGCUAUUAGUGAAAGUAAUGGCGCUAUUACUGUCACAAUGGGUAAUUAUGUAGUGGAUAAAGUCGAUAAAAAUGAAUCAGAUGAUUAUUUAUCAAUGUUUGAACGUCUUAAGUCAUCAGUAAAAGACUUUUUGACACGACCAUCGCAAACUAGUGAUAGUACACAAAGUACAAUAAGUGCGCCAGCAUUAGACAGUAAUAAAGAAGAAAUGAUUAUUGAUAAAGAUCAUAUACGUGCAAUAAUUCCACAUGAGUCGGCAAGUAAAAAUAAACAAUCACGUGAUUUAGUUUUAUUUGUUAAGUUAUUAAUUAAUAAAAACUCUCCAUCACUUUCUACAAGUUUGCCUCCCACUUCUUCUUCUUCUUCUUCAUCUUCAAUGCCUUUACCAGAAUUAUCAGAAUUUGAAAAAGGCUGGCGUGUUCUUAAACAAUUUUUAAUAAAUCGAAUUUAUUUAAAUACUAAAUUCCCGCCUUAUCAAGUUGUUUCUAUUAGUCGCAUUGAAAUUUAUUACGAUUGGAUGCAAAAAGAACGUAACCCAAAAAAUCAAGUAAAAAGUGAUGAAUUGAGUACAUUUGAAUUAGUUACAUGGUUUAUUGAUGAAUUGAGUGAUACUUUUCCAAAUUUUGAAAAAACUGAUUCAUUUAAUUCUAUUUCUGGUGCUUCAAAAACAUUAAUGCAAAGAUUAAAAACAUCUGAGUCUAAUAUUAAUAAAAAUGAUGUUAUUAAUAUCGAUGAUAAUAACGAUGAUGAUGAUGAUAAUAAUGAUAGUGAUAGUGAUAAAGUCCAGAAAGUUGAUAAAAAUAAUAUGGUUAAUAUUAUGGAAACAUAUAAAAUUUAUGAUAAUUUAAUGGAAAAUAUUCAAGAUGUUUUAAAAAAUUUGAAAACUGAAUUUCGUAAUAAAAAUUUAGAUGAUAGUAAUAGUAAUAAUAAUAAUGAUAAAAAUACAAUUAAAGAUAAUAAAUAUCGAGAUAACUUAAUAGUACCAAAUUAUAUAAAUAAAACAAAUCAAAAUGAAUUAAAAGAGAAAAUAACUGAUGAAAAAUUAGAAACUGAUAGUGUUGAUAGUAAUGAAAUCGAUGUUAGUAGUGAUGGAGGUGAGAAUAAUGAAUUAAUUGCGGCAGAUGAUAGUGUAAUUGAAAGGAGAGAUAAUGAAGAGAAAAUAGUUGAUGAUAGUAAUUUUAGUAAUAAUGAAGAGAAUGUAAAUAAUAAAGAGAAUGCGACAAAGAAGAAAAAUGAUGAAUUAUAACGUUAGUUUUUUUUGUUUCAAUAGAAUUAAAUUGUAUAUUAAUUAUAAUUGGAAGUUAUCAGAUAUUUUUUUUUUAUUGUUUAAUACUAUGGAAAAUAUUUAUUAUUUUUAAAAAUAGUCGUUAUUGAUUCAGAAAAUUAUUACUAUUAAAAAUAGUAAUUGCUAUUUCAAAUAGUUAUUACUAUUAAAAAAAUUAUUGCCACUAAAAAAAAACAAUUUCCCUUAAAAAUAGUAAUUAUUGUUUCAGAAAAUUAUUACUAUUCAAAGUAGCAAUUACUAUUAAAAAUAGUAAUCACUAUUAAAAAUAGUAAUUUUUAUUGAAAAAAUUAUCGCCACUAAAAAACAAUCUCCCUUUAAAAUAGUAAUUAUUAUUCAAGUAGUUACUACUGUGAAAAAUAGUAUUUUUUUUUUAAAUAGUUAUUACACGGAAAAAAAAAAAUAGUAGUGGCUACUCUCUGGGAUAGUACUGAGUACUUUCUGUAAAAAAAAAAUUUUAGACAGUACUGUAUGCUAUCUAGACUGUAUCCACUACUGUCUAGACUAUAUCCACUACUGUCCGGGAUAGUAUUCAGUACUUUCCAGAGAGUAGUGGAUACAGUCUAGAUAGCAUACAGUACUGUCUAAAAUUUUUUUUUUACAGAAAGUACUCAGUACUAUCCCAGAGAGUAGCCACUACUAUUUUUUUUUUUCCGUGUACUUUUAAAAAAAUGCAGCACCAAUUUGAAACAGUAGUUAUUUUUCAAGUACACGGAGACAAAUGUCAAGUAAAUAUGCCUAUGCAGCAUAGUAAUAAUUACAUUACUCUAUAGUUUGUACAAGCAGUCAAAUAAGAGCGGCGUGACACAAGCUAUAUAGUACUGCAAUUAUUAUUAUGCUGCAUAGGCAUAUUUACUUGAAAUUUCUCUCAGUGUAGUUAUUACUGUUAAAAAUAGUUAUUAUUUCAAGCAGUUAUUACUACACAAGAAUAUAAUUUCUAUUUGAAGUGGUAAUUAUUAUUCAAGUAGUUAUAACUAUUAAAAAUACACGGAAAAAACAACGGUAGUGGCAACUCUCUGUGAUAGUACUGAGUACUUUCUGUGAAAAAAAAAUUUCGGACAGUACUGUAUUCUAUCUAGACUGUAUCCACUACUCUCUGGAUAGUACUGAGUACUAUCCCAGACAGUAUUGAAUGUAGUCUAGAUAGUAGUGGAUACAGUCUAGAUAGCAAACAGUACUGUCUGAAAUUUUUUUUUUACAGAAAGUACUCAGUACUAUCCCCGAGAAUUACCACUACUAUAUUGUUUUUUCCGUGUAGUAAUAAGUUUUUGAAAUAGUAAUUACGAUUUUAAAUAUUACUGCUCAAAAUGGUAAUUACGAUUUUCAUUAGUUGUGACUAUCUUUGAUAAGAAUUACUGUUCAAAAUAGCCAGUAGUAUUUUUAAUAAUUAUGAUUUUAAUAGCAGUCUCCACGAAAUAUAGUGGUCAUAAUAAAAAAUAGUUAUUACUAUUUAAAUAGUUAAGACUAUCAAUAUUAUUAUUUAUUUUAAUUCAACCUAUACAAUUUCAGUUGUUAUUAGCAGUAUUUAUUUCUAAAGAAAAAAUUAAUCAUUCAAUAGUUGUUACUAUUGAUAACAAUCAAUAAUAUAAACUGUCAUGAAUAGUUAUAAUUAACAGUAGCUAUCGCUCAAUUAUUCACUAAUACAGUAAUUAUAAUUUAAUAAU